AAAGCAUUAUGGGAGCUGCAAGCUGGCCCUACUGUGGGGAGAGGCAGACUGGGGGUGGAUAAGACCUACUCAUCCUUAACAGUAAUCUAGAGCAGGCUGGAAGGCCAGUGGGUACUGCUGACGUUUGUGUACCUGGAUCGAGCAGGAAUGGAAACACACAUAUUAGGGAUACCGUUCCAUUUUAUAUCUGUUUGUCUACAAUAUACAGUGCAAGUAAUGCUGGUUUUCAGCACAGUUUUAAAGGAAUCGCUUCUGAUGGGGACGACCGCGGUCCCAGCACAGACAGAUGAGGAAGAUGCCACGUUCAGCUAUGACCAAAUCGAGUGGUCAAAGAGAAUGAAUGUCCACCCGUCUUCUGCAAGCUGCGUUGAUCAACAUUCCCAUAAUCUUCCAAACAAGACCCUUGGUGAAUAUCGAAUGGGACUGUCCAUCGGGGAUGGGCUCUACAUCUUUGGAUUCAUCUGUGUUCUAAUCGUGUUGAAAUCUCUCUUGACCAAAAUUAUGAUGGUGGAAACCAAGCCAGAAGACAGUGCAUAUGUGAUCACCAUGUGUGAAUCGCCUCCCAAUACAUACAAGAUCACGCUCCAGAGACACAAGACCAAUAACAGUGUCCCAAUGACCUCAUCAAAGGAGUUGUGCUUAGGACAAACACAGAACACUGCUUCUACAAGACCUCCCAUGUUUUACAGUGGGAGUCAGUGCUUUCCUCUGUCCAACCUUGAUGGCGCUGAUCCAUAUUAUGGCAAGCGAUGCCCGGUCUCCAGCCUAGAGGGCAGUGCUAACUCCCUGGCUUGAUUAUAUACUUGUUUCUAUCCAAAUAUUUUAUUACACAGUGGUGGGGCUAUGAGGCACACACAUUUUGCAUCAAAUGUUGACUUAGAAAGAUAACCAAUGCACAAUACCUUUCUCCUUUUGGAAAAUCACAGUAGCAUCGCACGAUGUAGAAGGAAAUAUAAUAGAAAAACACAAUCCACCAAUUUUUUCACUGAUGUCAAAGUAGAAAUACAUUUUUUUCACAAUUUC